AAAGUGUGUCUUAUAGAGCGAAAAAUACGGUAAACGGAAUAAUGAAAUAACUAGUAUUUAUGUAGUGAAAUGGUGUUCUCGCCUUCAGACCACAGUUUAAAGUAGUGCUCUUCCCUCCUCCGCAAACUGGACAACCUUGGGCUACUAUUGGCCAAAGCUUUCCAAGGUGUUCUCCACAUGACUGGCUAGCCUGCUAUCAUGUCCUGAAUCUCUUGCUACCACCCCAAUAUACUCCUGCCCUAGUGGGCAACAGCACAAAUAAACCACAUGCUCCUCCGUGUGGAGUGGAAUCUGCUUCCUUGCAAUUUGUUCCUUGGAGGAGAAGGUGCUUGUGGAGGAGGAAGAGGGGAAGAACAAGGCAAAUUCAGCAGCUGCUUAUCUCAACUACAAUCCUUUCAGCAAUGAGAGAGAGAGGCGGAGGAGGAGGAAAAGAGCAAUGACCUGGGCGUCACGAAUGCCAGUAUCCCUUGCAACACCAGCCACAGCGAAAGCAUUUUCCUGGGGAAGUUGCAAUCUGCAGCACUAAAAGUACGGCCUGUACCUCAUGUGUCUCUCAACAAAUCUGCAUCAAUGGGAACUGGUGCCAUGGCCCUUGUCUACAACCAUCUUCUCUUAAUGCUGCUGGGCGUAGGCUGGCCAGGUCUGGGGAAUCCUAAUGUGGAAGCAGCUCGGGUCCGAGAGCACUAUAUAGUGGCUCAGGUCGCUAACUGGAGCUACAGUUCCCAGGCAGAAGACCUGUCCAGAUUACCAAAAUCGGAUCAUCUAUUUAAGAAAAUUAUCUACAGCGAGUAUGAAGCAGAUUUCAAAAAAGAAAAACCAAGAAAUGCACUAUCAGGGCUUCUGGGGCCAACACUACGUGCUGAAGUGGGAGAUACACUUGUCAUUCAUUUUAAGAACCUGGCUAAUAAACCACUGAGUAUUCACCCACAAGGCAUAGCGUACAGCAAACAUUCAGAAGGUUCCUCAUAUUCCGACAAGACAUUGCCUAUCGAAAAACUGGAUGAUGCUGUGCCUCCUGGAAAAAGUUAUAAAUACGUGUGGAAGGCCUCUGCAGGAACUGGACCACGGGAGGCUGAUCCUCCUUGCCUCACCUAUGCCUACUACUCACAUGAAAACAUGGUGCAAGACUUCAAUUCUGGCCUUAUCGGUGCCUUGCUGAUAUGUAAAAACGGAAGCCUGCAUGAAAAUGGAACACAGAAAUUUUUUGACAGGGAAUAUGUGCUGAUGUUUGCUGUGUUCGAUGAAAGCAAAAGCUGGCAAAAAGGAUCUUCCCUCAUGUACACCAUUAAUGGCUACGCUAAUGGAACACUGCCAGAUGUACAAGCCUGUGCUUACCAUCGCAUUAGUUGGCAUUUGAUAGGGAUGAGUUCUGCACCUGAGAUCUUCUCGGUCCAUUUCAAUGGGCAAACCUUGGAACAAAACCACUAUAAAAUGUCAACGAUCAACCUUGUCGCAGGAGCAUCAGCAACAGCAAAUAUGUCUGUGAGCAAGACAGGAAAGUGGCUUAUAUCGUCCCUUGUUGAAAAGCAUCUGCAAGCUGGAAUGCAUGGUUACCUCAACAUAGAAGACUGUGGAAAUCCAGACACUUUAACGAGACAAUUAUCCUAUAAAGAAAUACGGAUGAUUAAGGACUGGGACUUUUACAUCGCUGCUGAAGAAGUAAUCUGGGAUUAUGCCCCGGAAAUUCCUGACAGUGUUGAUAGGAAAUAUAAAACUCAGUAUCUGGAAGCAUUUUCCAAUCACAUUGGCAAGAAGUAUAAAAAGGCCAUAUUCAGACGAUAUAAAGAUGCCAGCUUCACCAAACGCAUAGACAAUACAAGGGCCAAACAACAUGGAAUUCUGGGGCCUCUUAUCAGCGCUGAGGUCAGAGAUAACAUAAAGAUUGUAUUCAAAAACAUGGCCAGCCGACCCUACAGUAUUUAUGUGCAUGGAGUUACGCUUUCAAAGGCUGCUGAAGGAGUUGUUUAUCCUUCUGGUGCCAAAGAGAACAGCACUGAAGGUAAACUAGUCCAACCAGGGGAAAUUUACACAUAUCGUUGGACUGUACUCGACACAGAUGAACCCACAAGCGAAGAUCCUCAGUGUCUCACCAGAUUUUAUCAUAGUGCUGUUGAUAUAACAAGGGAUAUCGCCUCAGGACUUAUUGGACCACUUCUGGUUUGCAAACGCAAGGCACUCGAUGUGAAGGGAACACAGAAUAAGGCUGACGACGAGCAGCAAUCACUCUUUGCCGUCUUUGAUGAAAACAAGAGCUGGUAUUUGGAGGACAAUAUCAAGAGAUUCUGCAGCAAUCCCUCCACUGUUAAGAGAGAUGACCCCAGAUUUUACAAGUCCAAUGUCAUGCACACUAUCAAUGGCUAUGCAUCUGAUAGAACAGAUAUCCUUGGAUUUUGUCAGGCUAAUAUUAUUAAAUGGCACCUCACCAGUGUUGGCACACAGGAUGAGAUAGUGCCGGUGCAUCUUUCUGGCCAUACUUUCCUGAACAGAGGAAAACAUCAAGAUAUCUUACAUCUUUUCCCAAUGAGUGGUGAAUCAGCUACAGUGACCAUGGACAACGUCGGAACCUGGCUUUUAUCAUCAUGGGGUUCCCAUGAGAUGAGCAAUGGAAUGAGACUUCGGUUUAGAGAUGCCACUUGUGAUGAUGUUGAUUACACAGAAAGUUAUGAUGACGCUUCAGAUUAUGCACUGGUCACAUUUUCAUCUGAGAAAAGUGACGCAGCAGCACUAAAAGAGGAGAAAGCGGACAGAAGCAUGAUAAAUGAAAAUGUCCUUGAUAACUAUGAUGAUCAAACUGAAGAUGACUUAGAACAAGAUAUGUAUGCUUUGAUGCUUGGACUUCGAUCACGUCGUAAUGGAUCGAUUGCUGAAGAAGAAGAAAAGCUGAAUAUCACUGCUCUUGCCAUACAAGAAGAAAUUGACAGCACCCGCAAUAAGACUGAUGGUAAUGUAACUGUGAACUCACAUCUGGUGUUCACAAAUAACAGUGAUACUUCACAUGGUGAUAAAGUGUUGGAAAGUCCAAGCAGUGCUUUGAAUACAGCUGCACUUGACUCCCUCCAUCCUAAUUACACAUCUUUGGCAAACGAUACUUUGAUUUCAGAUAUUGCUGCAGUGGUUAGAAACUGGUCCUCUGAACAAGGCAAAAGUAACUGUACUUCGCGUGGUGAUGACGUGCUGAAAAGUCCAAGGACUGCUCCGAAUACAGCUGCACUUGACUCUCUCCAUCCUAAUUACACGUCUUUGGCAAACGAUACUUUGAUUUCAGAUAUUGCUGCAGUGGUUAGAAACUGGUCCUCUGAACAAGGCAAAAGUAACCGUACUUCGCGUGGUGAUGACGUGCUGAAAAGUCCAAGGACUGCUCCGAAUACAGCUGCACUUGACUCUCUCCAUCCUAAUUACACGUCUUUGGCAAACGAUACUUUGAUUUCAGAUAUUGCUGCAGUGGUUAGAAACUGGUCCUCUGAACAAGGCAAAAGUAACCGUACUUCGCGUGGUGAUGACGUGCUGAAAAGUCCAAGGACUGCUCCGAAUACAGCUGCACUUGACUCUCUCCAUCCUAAUUACACGUCUUUGGCAAACGAUACUUUGAUUUCAGAUAUUGCUGCAGUGGUUAGAAACCUGUCAUCUGAACAAGAAAAAAGUAACCCUACUUCGCAUGGACCUUCUACAGAGAAGGAGCAAGAAGAUAACGAAGGUGAAAAGGAUACACGACAUGAAAAGAGGGAAAGGCAAGGUCUAACAGAGGCAAUAUUAUUUGCCCUUAAAGAGAUGCAUGCCCUGCUGUUUCAUGUACAACAAAAAAGAAAUCUUUCUGCUAUAGACAACACCACUUCAGAUACUCCAUUUCUUCCCAUUCCCAGUGCAGAAACUGCUUCCAGCAUAGAUACUAGUCACCUUUCACAUUAUCUUUAUGAUUAUGAGGAUGAAGAGGAAACAAAUACUGAGUUUUCCAUGCUUUCAACAAAUUUACCUUUGGCUGUAGCAGAGGCAGUGGAAAACAGUGGUUCUGAACAAGAGUUGUUGGAAGAUCAACAAUAUGAUGAUUUGACUUCUGAUGGUAUGUUAGACAGCUUUGCUUCUACUCCCAUCCCAAAGCCCACAGAGAAUUUGAAGGAGUCACCUCAGCAAAGGCCAAAGUGUCCUCCCAAAAAGACGGCUUCUGAAUGGAAUAUUGUUUCUGAGAAGGUGAUUUAUGAUACAGAAGCAGAUCUCACCAAACCUGUUGACAAUAAACUACAGAACAGCUCCAGAAAUGUCACCUUGUAUCUAGAAAAUACCAUGUUCCCUAGCAAGAGAAAGCAGGAGACAUACAAAGCUGACUCCCAGCUUGAGUUAGGCCAAUUAGAAAUGAAUAACAAUAACAAGCAGGAAGCCCUGAAUGACAAGAGAAAGGAGAAUUGUACCGUCAGUACACCUGGAACUUUCCAGAAGGCUCGGCGAAAGAAAAGGAAGCCAAGAGUCUUAGCACCGAGAACUUCCAAACCUCUAAUGUCACCUAGAGGAUUUGGCAGCAACCAAGCCUCCAUUGAACGUAACCAGACCAUGCUGCCAAAUGAGGUGUAUGAUACUUUGACACCAAAAGAGGAUAAACCAGAGGUCAAAUUAGGUUUUAUAGGCGAUGAUGGGGAAUAUAUGGAAUAUGACAUAGACAGCACAGUCUAUGACGACAGCCUCAGUGGCUCUUAUGAGUAUGAGACAGUACACUAUCACAACCCGUAUGUAAGAGACCCCCGACUUGACAGUUAUACAGCACGUAACCCAGAUGACAUAGCUAAGCGUUACCUCCGGACUAUGAACAAUGCAAACAUAAGGAGAUACUACAUUGCAACCGAAGAGGUUCUCUGGGAUUAUGCGGGACCAAGAAAAAGUACAGUGAAAAGUGGCUCAGCCAGGACAGGGUACAAAAAAGUGAUUUUCCGAAGUUAUCAAGACGAUACUUUUAGGACACCCGAAGCUGCAGGCGAAUAUGAGGAACACCUUGGCAUCCUGGGUCCUGUCAUUAGAGCUGAGGUGGAUGAUGUCAUCCAAAUUCACUUUAAAAAUCUGGCCUCCAGGCCAUAUUCUCUCCAUGCCCAUGGGCUUUAUUAUGAAAAGUCUUCUGAGGGUAGAAGCUAUGAUGACCAGUCUCCAAAAUGGUUUAAAGAGGAUGACACAAUCCUGCCAAAUGGCACCUAUACUUACGUCUGGCAUGUGACCCAACGGUCAGGACCUCCAGAAGGUCAGAGAACAUGUCGAUCCUGGGCCUACUACUCUGCUGUAAACCCGGAAAAAGAUAUUCACUCUGGCUUGAUUGGGCCAGUCUUGAUCUGUCAAAAAGGAAUGCUUGACAAGUAUAGCAAGCCAAAGGACAUGAGAGAAUUUGUUCUGCUUUUUAUGGUCUUUGAUGAGGAGAAAAGCUGGUACUUCAAUAAAUAUAAAAGAAAGACUCAUGCUGAGAGAAUUUCCGGAGCAAAAAGGCACCAUAAAUUUCCUGCUAUUAAUGGGGUUUCGUACCACCUUCAGGGGUUGCAGAUGUUUAAGGAUGAGAAGGUCCACUGGCAUUUGAUAAACAUGGGUGGGCCAAAAGACAUUCAUGUUGUUAAUUUCCACGGUCAGACAUUCACAGAACAGGGAAGGGAAGAUCAUCAGCUUGGUGUCUACCCUCUUCUUCCUGGUUCAUUUGGUACUGUUGAAAUGAAACCGUCAGGAGCUGGCACAUGGCUUUUAAAAACAGAAGUCGGUGAAUAUCAGGAAGCAGGAAUGCAAGCCUCCUUUACUGUUAUAGAUACAGGAUGCAAGCUGCCCAUGGGUCUAGCAAGUGGCAUUAUAAAAGACUCACAGAUCAGUGCUUCGAACUACAUAGGAUACUGGGAGCCUAAACUGGCAAGAUUAAAUAAUGAUGGAAAAUACAAUGCUUGGAGCGCUGGGAAGAACGAAAGUGAACUUCCCUGGAUUCAGGUGGACCUAGAAAACCAGGUUCUGAUCACAGGCAUUCAGACCCAAGGAGCCAAGCAGUUAAUGCGUUCCUUGUAUACAAUGGAGUACGUCAUUGCCUACAGCAAAGAUGGAAGAAAAUGGGUUGCUUUUAAAGGGAAUCACUUAGGGGCACAGAAGGUUUUUGAAGGCAAUUCAGAUGCCCAUGGAAUAAAAGAAAACCUCAUUGACCCUCCUGUUGUUGCUAGGUAUAUUAGGGUGUAUCCAACCAAGUUCUAUAACAGGCCUACUCUUCGUAUGGAACUCCUGGGUUGUGAUACAGAAGAUUGCUUUAUGCCGUUGGGAAUUGAAAGUGCGGCUAUCAAGAAUGUGCAAAUUACAGCCUCUUCUUAUAAGAAGACUUGGUUGGGUUCAUGGGAGCCAUCUCUUGCCCGCCUCAAUCUCAAAGGGAAGAUGAAUGCCUGGCAAGCAAAGUCCAACAACAACCAACAAUGGCUGCAGAUUGAUCUCCUUCAACCUAAGAAGAUAACAGGCAUCAUAACACAAGGAGCUAAAUCAAUGUACAGUGAAAUGUAUGUGAAGACAUUUUCCGUCCUCUACAGCGACGAUGGUUCAGUGUGGAAGCCUUACAUGAAUGAUUCAACUUCCAUGGAAAAGGUGUUUACAGGCAACAUUAACAGUGGUGGCCUAGUCAAGAACUACUUCAGGCCACCAAUACUUUCCCGAUUCCUUCGUGUCGUUCCAAAAACAUGGAAUCUGAGUAUUGUACUUCGGAUAGAACUCUUUGGUUGUGAUGUGUUUUAGGGGCUGAACAGAAGACUGUCGUACUGAAAGCCCCACAACCUUUAAGCUUGCUGAUACCAGAUGUUGUAAAAGGGGAAACCAGAACAAAAAACUCUUUUAGAGUGAUUAUGGUGUCCGUAUCCAAAGCACUUUAAGCUGUGGAUUGGAAUAGCUUUGAAAAUUCAAUUAAAAGACGUUCAUACCUAUUUAAAUACUGUGAAUGCAUAAGAUAAACAAGCAAUUGUAUUUUCCAUUAUCACUGUGAAUAGAUACCUUAAUGUAUUACCAUCAUUGCCUUUGCUUUCUUCUGUACUUCCUACCUUCCCUCUUCCAUGCUCAGAACAGCAUGCUUAAACCAGAUAGCAAGAGCAGGAAUGAGGAGUGGGGUCAGGAGUCUGUGAGCUGUCAGUGAGCUGUCAGCAGACGUAUGAGCUUUGUUUACCAAAGGAUUCUGAAGAGCCAUUCCUUCAGGGGAGGUUAGUUGGUCAUGUUCUAAUUCAGGGGUCACCAACGUUUGUAGGCCUGUAAGCACAUUUGGAUUUUUGAGACCGUGCUAUCAACACCACCCACUUUUCAUUUCUCCUCUGCGGAUCACACCCCACCUCCAUGAGAGACAAAAAGAUAGUGCACAUAUUUCCCUUACUUUGGGACCUGGAAAGAAGUUGGAUCUAGCAGAAUUAAUUUCAGCCUUGGAAAGGGCAUAGAGCUGAAAGAGAAGUGGGGAAUAGUGUUGCUCUUUCAACUUCCUCCCUAUGGAGAGGAAAGGUAAACACCCUUAUGACCAAGGAGAGAGCUCAGAGGGGGCACCUGGGCAAGACCUCAGGAGCUCCGCUUCAGCCACAGGUGCCAUGUUGGUAACUCCUGUUCUGAUUCUUCACAAAAGCCAUCCCUGCUGCUGCUGAUAAAUGAACAUUCACAACAUUUGUCAGUAUAACUGAUCUAAGUAGACAAACACCGCCAUUGGUUCUACAUUAUCUCAGAUGAGUUCCAAAGUGAAAAGGGCAGUUCCCAAAGAUAAGUAGGAAAUCACAGAAUUGUAGAGUUCUUUGAUUUUCUGCAUAUCAGCUAGAUGUUUGUGCUUCCAACAAUUAUUGACUUCAUUGUAUGUGGGGAAAGCGUUUAAAAGAACUUACACCACAUAUUAGAGAAUGAUUUAAGACGUGUAGAAAUGGUUAUGUAAGGUAUGUAUCCAAAUGCACAGUCAUGUAUUUUGCUAACUAUUUAUGGUUAGGUCUUCCUUCCAUGACUUUGGAGGUAGAUUAACACUGAAAUUCAUAAGCGGGUGGUAAAUCUUUCUGCAAGAUGCUUAACACUUUUUCAGGAUCUAUUUCAUGAUGUUAUUCAUAUUUUUGAAUAAAAUGCAAAACAAUGCAUAUCUAAUGUGUAAAAAGCA